AGUCUCUGAGGUGUGUGGAUCCAUACUUGUGUCCUUCGCGACAAACCUGAGAUUGUAGUAGGGCGCGGUGCGCGGUAAGCGAGUGCUCGGACCGCAAUCUAUUGUGGGCUUAAAAGCGCGUGUAGGUGAAAGGACACAGUUCUGUUUGGGGCUUGUCUUCCCCAGGCGAGAUGGCUGAUGCGUCAGUGUCAGCGCAAGAAGCCGUGCAGGCUCAUGCUCAGGUGGCUUCAGAGAAGGACAAGGAGGACUCCCCAGAGAAUUCUGCCUUCGAGUGCAAUAUCUGCUACGAUCUCGCUCAGUCCCCCGUCGUGACGAUGUGCGGCCAUCUGUAUUGCUGGCCUUGUCUCUACAGAUGGAUGCAGGUGCAAACUCAUUGUCGAGUGUGUCCCGUUUGCAAAGCCGGCAUUGAGCAGGACAAGGUGAUUCCUAUCUAUGGACGAGGUGGUGACAACACAGAUCCACGGCAGAAGGCCCAGUCCUUGGGCAACAAAGAGGAGGACGAGGAUGGUCCUGUGCCACGAAGGCCAGCAGGGCAACGGAUUGCGCCUGUGCUGAGGGGCGGCAUGAGCCAGCAGUCAGGGAAUGUGAAUCUUCAGCCAGGACUUGGCAUCCUCCCUACUCUGUUUGGGAUGCAGCAGGCUCCAGGGCAAGGAGGAUUUGCGGAGCCUCUCACAGCAGAACAGCAACAUCAGGCAUUUCUGUCAAGGCUGCUGCUCAUGCUGGGCUCUUUUGUGAUCAUGUGUCUCCUGCUCUUCUG